AUGCCCAUGCGCCUGAGGAAGCAAACAGGGAAACGGAUAUUUACCGGUGUACCGUUGCGCGGUUCCAUCUUCAAAGGAAUCUUGGAGUGCAGCUCCAUCUUCAAAGGAAUUUUGGACUUUAUUUUGGACUUGUGGAGCCCUACGGAGCCCUUAGAAUUUAUCUGCGUGGUGCUCCUGCUGACGUCGUUUGCCCUUGCAGUGGGCUCCGGAAUCUGGGCGGCCAAGUUCCGCCAGGGGCACAGCUACCUCUCCGUCUUCUAUGCCGAUGCCAGCGCCGCCAAGCAUGCCUUCUACGCCUUCUGGGGCUUCGUCAUCCUCUUGGGUUUCGUGUUGCCCAUGGCCAUGCUCAUCACGUUUGAGUUCAUCUACCUGGUCAAUAGCUGGUUCAUCAACUGGGAUUUGGAAAUGUAUUACGCACCUAAAGAUACUCCUGCCAAGGCAAGAAACACCAGUCUGAAUGACCAGCUGGGACAGAUCCAGUAUGUCUUCUCCGAUAAGACGGGCACCUUGACGCAAAACAUCAUGACUUUCAAGAAAUGUUGCAUCGGCGGGACGAUAUACGGUAACGGCUCAGACAGCGACAGCAGCUGCAGACCCACGGAAGCUCUCUUGCGUUGGAACAAAUACUGGGACGCGAAGCUGGAAUUUUAUGACCCUUCGCUGAUCAGCGCCAUCCAGCAGGAUGACAAUCCUGUCCUGAGAGAAUGCCUGCGUUUGCUGGCCCUUUGCCACACCGUCAUGGCGGAGGAGAAAGAGAGUGAGAGGAGAGACGCGGAAUAUCAGCUGAUUUACCAAGCUGCAUCUCCGGACGAAGAAGCUCUUGUGACGGCAGCCAGGAACCUGGGAUAUGUCUUUCUUUCCCGGACUCAGGAUACCAUCACCAUCAGCGAACUGGGCAAGGAGAGGACCUAUAAAGUCUUAGCCCUUCUGGAUUUCAACAGCGUGCGCAAACGGAUGUCUGUUCUGGUCCAGGAUCCUGAGGGACUCAUCAAGCUCUACACCAAAGGAGCAGACAUGGUGAUCCUGGAGAGACUUCACAGCGACUGGUCUUCUGAGGCCUACACAAUCAAGGCUCUGAAUAGCUUUGCAGAAGAGUCCCUGCGAACUUUGUGUCUGGCUGUCAAAGAGGUGGAGGAGGAGGCAUACGACGAGUGGAGCAAGAAGCACCACGCUGCCAGCAUCUUGCUCCAGAAUCGUGCCCAGGAAUUGGACAAGGUCUACGAGGAGAUAGAACAGGAUCUCCUGCUCCUUGGGGUCACAGCCAUUGAAGACAAGCUCCAAGAGGGAGUCCCAGAGACCAUCCACCUGCUCAAAAGGGGGGGCAUGAAAGUGUGGGUGUUGACCGGAGACAAGCAAGAGACGGCGGUGAAUAUAGGCUUUGCGAGCCACCUCCUGUCGGACGACAUGACCAUCCUGGAGGACGCCGAGAUCCGUGAAAUCCUCAAACCUUCCAACAGUAGCGUCAAAAGUCUGGCUGGCAGCUGGGAAGCCUUGUUUGGCUGUGACUCCUCUCUGCAUUUCCAGGCAUCUUUCCCACGGGACAAGACAGCUUUGGUGGUCUCCGGUGACUUCUUGGACAAAAUCCUUCGUGCUGCAGGGCAAGGGCUGGGCAAGAAGAAGCAAAGCGCUUGGGGACGGUUUUGCGGCUGCUGGGCGAAGGCCAAGGAGGAUGACAGGAACGCGGUGGAAGAAGCUUUCGUAGAGCUGGCCGCGGCCUGCCAGGCUGUCAUCUGCUGCCGAGUGACGCCCAAGCAGAAGGCCCUCGUUGUCCAGAUGGUCAAGAGACACAAGAAAGCCACUGUGUUGGCCAUCGGGGAUGGGGCCAACGAUGUCAGCAUGAUAAAAACCGCCGACAUCGGGGUGGGGAUCAGCGGGCAAGAAGGCAUGCAGGCGGUCCAAUGCAGCGACUACGCCCUGGCGCAGUUCCGCUACCUGCAACGGCUCCUCUUCGUCCACGGCAGAUGGUCUUACCUGCGGGUUUGCAAGUUCCUCCGCUAUUUCUUCUACAAGACGUUUGCCGGCAUGAUGGUGCAGGUCUGGUUUGCCUUCUAUACCGGCUUCACCGCCCAGCCCCUGUUGGAAGGCUGGUUCCUGGCUCUUUAUAACAUCUUAUACACUUUUUGCCCAGUGCUCUGCAUGGGGAUGCUUGAACAGGAUGUGAGCGCCAAGAAAAGCUUGAAGUUCCCUGAGCUUUACAAGGCAGGUCAGAAAGACCUGCUCUUCAACUUCCGGACCUUCGGCCUUUCCUUCAUCCAGGGCUCUUUUGCUUCCCUGGCCAGCUUCUACAUCGCACUCUGGGCCUGCGAAGACAAAGCCGGCGCCAGGAUCGUUGGGGAUUACCAGUCCUUUGUCAUAAUCAUAGCAACCUCGGCAAUAUUGACCGUCACGGUGGAGGUCAUGCUGGAAGUCAAAUUCUGGACCGUCUUCUCCGUCUCGGCCGUCGUCCUCAGCUUAGUUCUCUACUGCCUUUUCUCCUACCUCACUCAGAGUCCCCAGGCUUACCAGGUGGCCCCCAAAGUGUUCCGGUUCCCCGAUGCCACUAAGAAUGCACUGACGGACCCAUUGGCUUUGCUUGUCGUCUUGCUUUCCGUCACCGUCAGCACCAUCCCCUCCCUCACCGCCCACUUUCUGCACAGCAUCCCAGUCUCAAGAACCAUGAUGGAGCAAAUGGUUCAAACCAGGGACCUGAAAACAAAGCCGAGCGAGGUGGAGCUGCCGUCUCGCCUCCAGAGAGAGUCCCGCCGGAGGCACUCAAGUUACGCCUUCUCCCACAAGGAAGGUUAUGGGGAACUGAUCUCCAGGGGCACCAGCGUGCGCAGCGUACAGGAGGCUCUUUUUCGGGAAAGAAGCUCCCUCAACCAGUGA